CCUGAGACCUCUACAUACGAGCUUGACUUGCCGGAUGCGCUCAAAGCACGGCGCAUCCAUCCCGUCUUCCAUGUCAGCUUGUUGCGGCCUCACGACCCCAACAAUGACAUACUGUUCCCGAAUCAGGACUUCACGAAGCAUUAUGACUUCGGCGCACCAAACAACGCUGAGUUUUUGGUUUCGAGCAUCAAGUCUCACCGUUGGGACGGUGAGAAGCUACUAUUUAGCGUGGUCUGGGACUACGGGGACAUCACGGAGGAGCCAUUGUCCAAUGUAGAGGAGUUAUCGGCGCUGGAUGACUAUCUCGCGCUUUGCGGUGUCGAGACGCCGAAUGACCUGCCCGGGAAGCGACCGACAAGACGUCGUCAACCCUCGCGACGCGUGGGCGCACCGCAUCUAGUCUCUGGUUGA